CAAAGGGUAUUUCAAGUUUCCGGAGCUCCUCCCCUCUGCACCGUGUGACAACAACAACUCGCCCAGCCGGCAGCCUGCACUUUUCAGCUCAUUUUCUCUCUGUCAUUCCCCUCUCAAUCUUUGAUCAAUGUACUUGCCGGGGAGAGCCCAAGUCCCUCCAUCCUCCUCCUCCUUUCACCUCCAUCCUUAAACUUUGUGCUAGCGCGGGACCCACACGGCCACAGGCGACCCUCCCCGCCCCCGUCACCCCCCCCCCUCCCCAGCGAUCGGGGCCCAGGGAGAGGACUCGCAUUUCCACUUGCGGGACACUUUUGUGCGUUCCUCUCUCGAGCGCCUCUCGCGCUCGUCCCUCCUGCGCUCGCUCCAUCCCACCUCACCUCCUUCUCUCCCCUUCUCUCCCUCUCUCCUCCCGGUCCUCUCCUGGAAGAGUUCUGGGUUUCUGUGACCCAUCACCCCCUAUCCCUCGCUCCUUUUCUCCCUCCCUGACUCCCCCUUCCCCAUCCAUCCCGGUUGUGUGCCUGUGAGUGUGUGUGUGUGUGUGUGUGUGUGUGUGCGUGUGUGUGUGUGCGCGCGCGAGUGUGUGUGUGUGUGUGUGUGUGUGUGCGUGUGUGUGGCAACUUUUUCCACCCCCCCUUCUCCUCUCCUCCUUCUGUUUCCCCUUCUAUGUGACCAUGGCAGUGCCUGCGGCUUUGAUCCCUCCGACCCAGCUGGUCCCCCCUCAACCCCCGAUUUCCACGUCUGCUUCCUCCUCGGGUACCACCACCUCCACGUCCUCGGCGACCUCGUCUCCAGCUCCGCCGUCCAUCGGACCCCCGGCCACGGCGGCGGCGGUGGCGUCCUCGGGACCUUCUUCUCUGUUCCGGACCGAGCCUAUCGCUUCGGCGGCCACGGCGGCGGCCACGGUCACCUCUCCAGGCGGCGGCGGCGGCGGCGGCAACGGAGGCGGCGGCGGUGGCGGUGGCGGUGGCGGCGGCGGCGGCAGCAACUGCAACCCCAGCCUGGCGUCCGGGAGCGGCGGCGGCGGUGGCAUCAGCGCCGGCGGCGCCUCCAGCACCCCCAUCCCCGCGAGCACCGGCGGCGGCGGCGGCAGCAGUAGCAGCAGCAGCAGCAGCAGUAGCAGCAGCAGCAGCAGCAGCAGCAGCAGUGGCAGCAGCUGCGGCCCCCUCCCCGGGAAACCCGUGUACUCAACCCCGUCCCCAGUGGAAAACACCCCCCAGAAUAAUGAGUGCAAAAUGGUGGAUCUGAGGGGGGCCAAAGUAGCUUCCUUCACCGUGGAGGGCUGCGAGCUGAUCUGCCUGCCCCAGGCUUUCGACCUGUUCCUGAAGCACUUGGUGGGGGGCUUGCACACCGUCUACACCAAGCUGAAGCGGUUGGAGAUCACGCCGGUCGUGUGCAACGUGGAACAGGUUCGCAUCCUGAGGGGACUGGGCGCCAUCCAGCCCGGAGUGAACCGCUGCAAACUCAUCUCCAGGAAGGACUUCGAGACCCUCUACAAUGACUGCACCAACGCAAGUUCUAGACCUGGACGGCCUCCUAAGAGGACUCAAAGUGUCACGUCCCCAGAGAACUCUCACAUCAUGCCUCAUUCUGUCCCUGGCCUCAUGUCUCCUGGAAUAAUACCACCAACAGGUCUGACAGCAGCAGCUGCAGCCGCUGCGGCUGCUACCAAUGCAGCUAUCGCCGAAGCAAUGAAGGUGAAAAAGAUCAAAUUAGAAGCCAUGAGCAACUACCAUGCCAGUAGUAAUCAACAUGGAGCAGAUUCUGAAAACGGGGACAUGAAUUCCAGUGUUGGCAGCAGUGAUGGUUCUUGGGAUAAGGAAACAUCCCAGGGAUCACAGGCUCCUGUUGCCCAUCCCAGCAUGCCUGGAUCGUAUAGCCUUCCAGUUAGCCAUCCUCUCAACCAUCUUCAGCACAGACACCUUCUGCCAAAUGGAUUGGAACUUCCUUUUAUGAUGAUGCCCCACCCUCUCAUUCCUGUCAGCCUACCUCCUGCAUCUGUUACUAUGGCAAUGAGCCAAAUGAACCACCUCAGCACCAUUGCAAAUAUGGCAGCAGCAGCCCAGGUUCAAAGUCCUCCAUCCAGGGUUGAGACCUCUGUGAUUAAGGAGCGUGUUCCCGACAGCCCCUCGCCAGCACCCUCUCUUGAGGAGGGCCGGAGGCCUGGGAGUCACCCAUCCUCACACCGGAGCAGCAGUGUAUCUAGUUCCCCAGCAAGGACUGAGAGCUCUUCUGACAGAAUCCCUGUGCAUCAGAAUGGCUUGUCCAUGAACCAGAUGCUGAUGGGUUUAUCACCCAAUGUGCUGCCAGGGCCCAAGGAGGGAGAUUUGGCUGGUCACGAUAUGGGACAUGAGUCCAAAAGGAUGCAUAUUGAAAAAGAUGAGACCCCGCUUUCUACACCAACCGCAAGAGACAGCCUUGACAAACUGUCUCUAACUGGGCAUGGACAACCACUACCUCCCGGUUUCCCAUCUCCUUUCCUGUUCCCUGAUGGAUUGUCUUCCAUAGAGACCCUUCUGACUAAUAUACAGGGGCUCUUGAAAGUGGCCAUAGAUAAUGCCCGAGCUCAAGAAAAACAGGUCCAACUGGAAAAAACAGAGCUGAAAAUGGAUUUUUUAAGGGAAAGAGAAUUACGAGAAACACUUGAGAAGCAACUGGCUAUGGAACAAAAGAAUAGAGCCAUAGUUCAAAAGAGGCUAAAGAAAGAGAAGAAAGCAAAGAGAAAAUUGCAGGAAGCUCUUGAAUUUGAGACCAAACGGCGGGAGCAGGCAGAACAAACACUAAAACAGGCUGCUUCGGCAGAGAGCCUCAGGGUCCUGAAUGACUCUCUGACCCCAGAGAUAGAAGCUGACCGUAGUGGCGGCAGAGCAGAUGCUGAAAGGACAAUACAAGAUGGAAGGCUGUACUUGAAAACUACUGUCAUGUACUGAAUCUUCCCUGUUGAAGAAAACCAUGUUCUAAUGAAGAAUUGUGCAGUUAUUCAUCAUUGGAAAUUUCAGUAAAAUAUAAAGUCCUUUUGAAGGAACUUGCUCAAUUUUGUGUAUUAACAUUCCUUAACAUUUAAGUAUUCUUCAAAAAAAAAAAAAAAAAAAGGUUUCCUCCAUUAAUUUUCACCUGUGGUUCAUGCCAGAGACCUGGGAAUGUUUGUAAAUGUACAAGUAUCAAACUUCUUACAGUCACCAACCACAUCUUUGCUGCUGGACACUUGUAUACAGAAUUAAAAAUGGGUCUGAGAAAGACCGAGCUUUGCUUUGUUUUUGUUUGUUUUUCUGAAAUGGAAGGAACCAUUUUCCUCUCCUGAAAAUUCUGUAACUGAGCACAUCAACAGACUAUUGUAACAGUGGUCACCCAGACCUACAGAAUUAUGUCCCACAAAAACCAGCAAGAAAACAUGAAAAUGUACUUGUAAGGGGCAUAGAGGAUGCUGGAAAAGAAAAUAAAACAUAAAACAAGUAAGAGUAAUAUUCUGUUACAUUUGAUUUUAAACUCUGUAAUUGCAGGUUUUCUCCUGAAGAUUUGUUUAACUACAUACUUUCCAGAAGACCAACAAAUGGAUGUCGAAAACAGCUCAAUGAGAUUACAUUUUGCAUAUCUGAAAAAGAAGCAGUGAAUAUAAGCCAAAAGGUUUCACCGAAGGUCUCUUUUUCUUAAAGAUGAAAUAUAUAUAUAAAUAUAUAAAUGUAACCUGUUUUCAUUCCAAACUGGUAGUGCUAUAUAGGAUUAAAAAUAAUAAUGUUGCUUCUUAUUCAAACUGUUGGUCACAUGUACAGUAUAUAAACAUAAAACACACAUGGAAGGUAUUAUGUAUGCAGUAGUAUACUAGAGCUUAGGAAAAUGAAAAUUUUAGAAAAUACGUUUUGUCACCUUGUUGGUCAGAAAGUUGUCUUUCUGGUUUUAACGCAUGCAGGCAUGUAAAUAUUGUCUGGAGUCACAGUAUUAAUGAAUGAGAUCUUACGUAUCUGGUGACAUCAGAACUUUGGGUCAGUCACUUUUAUUUGUAUAUUGAUCCCUAGUUAGUGCUGCAAACUGCACUACUGAGAAUGGAUUGUGGCUGACCAGUAAAUUAAAACACCAGAAAUAUUUUUAUAUGUUAAUGUCAUAUUAUGUUAAUGUUGCUAAAAAAACAAAACUUAACAAGCCCUUGGUGUAUCAGUCAAUACCAUGUAGCCCUGAGUGAUAAUGUUGAAUUGUGUUGUACUUCCCACCCUGAUCAGAGGGAGGGGUGGCUACGUGCUCUUUACACUGUCUUUCUGAAAAUUACAGUAUGUGUUUUAACUUUUGUGCAUAUAACUGGAAGUAAAGUUGCAAACAGUGCUUACUACACCUGAAGUUACAUUUUCUUUUUUUUUUUAAUAUAUCUGGAGUUACAUCUUUAAAGACAUAUAUGAAUCAGUACAGUCACUGUACAUUUUAUGAUUUUUCUGUCAUCUUAAAAUUCUAUGAUUAUAACAUUAUUUAUUACAAUAAACAUCAAAAGCAUAAGUUUCUAAGAAAACUAGCUUAUAAUGUUUAAAGAUAGUUCAGAUUGGGUAAUAACCAUUUGGUUAAGAAAAAAGAAAUUAACAUAGAUCCUCUGGCACUAAGCUUCUAUACUUCUUAGGUCUUCUUAUAAUUCUGGGACAUUAAUUAUUUCAUGUAACUUGCUAAGUUAAGUUUUAAUAAAAUAAAAGGUCUCAUGCAUAGUUCCUAUUUUAGCUUGCUUUGAAAGGGAGCAAUAUUUUUAUUUAAAAUAUUGUUAGUAAAUGCUUUGUAGAAACUUGUUUUUUUUUUUUAUCAUAAUUCUUCCAUGUCCAUACUUUAUCAUUUGAGCACAAGAGAUUCUAUUCCUAGUUAUAUGUAAUUUUGUUUGUUUGGUUUUCCCUAUAUGCAGUUUUUAAAGGAUUACAACACUUAAAAUUGGAUAGACUCUUGGCAAGCUUUGGCAUCAUACUUUUUUUGGAAAUAUUUUUUAAAAGUCUAUAACUUACAUAUGUAAUAGAGUGGUCAUUGCUCUGCUCCUGGCAUAGAGUCAGUCAUCUGUUCAGUGGGAUUAAAUAGUUUUUAAAUGGAUGCUUUUAAGACCUCUGCGAAUGCUGUAGUGUUUGGUUUGACAUGAAAGGAAAUUUUAGAAUGAUUACUGAAGAAGCUAUAGGUUGAGAAACUCUUACUAACAUGUUGUAAAUAUUACAGUUCACGAAAUGUUAUUGUAAGUCAGUAAAUUAAUUUUUCCCUCUUUUUUUAGUUAAACAGGUUGUUUUUGAAAUUUGUGUUUUGGUGUAAACAAGUAAAAUUGUGCCCAUUUUAUGGUUUCCAUGCUUUUGUAAACCUAUGAAUAUUAAUGUCUAGUUGUUCGAUACUAUAACCACAUUUGCGCUCUAUGCAAGCCCUUGGAACAGUACACACUCAUCUUCAUGUAGGACCUAUGAAAAUUGUCUAUUUUUAUCUAUAUAUUUAAAGUUUUCUAAAAAUGAAAAAAGGUUAUUACAAAUUUUGUUGUACAAAAUCUGUACAAAAAUCUGUUUUUACAUCAUAAUGCAAGAAUUGGAAAUUUUUCUAUGGUAGCCUAGUUAUUUGAGCCUGGUUUCAAUGUGAGAACCACGUUUACUGUUAUUGUAUUUAAUUUUCUUUUUCUUUUCAACAAUCUCCUAAUAAAAAUGUCUGAAAUCUC